AUGUUAUGCAAAUAAGGUUAUUUCUUAGUAGAUACUGAUUGUAGACCAUGUUUAUCAUAAUGUCUUACAUUACAUGUUUUGAAUAAUCUGAUAAAUUUUUAUCAUGUUCUAAUUCUAAUCAUAUUUUAUUCUAGAAUGAUUGUUAAUGUAAACCAGGUUAUUAUACAGAUAAAUACAAGAAUUGUUUAUAAUGUUAAAUACCUUGUUAAACUUGUAUAUUUAAUUAAGAUUUUUGUACAUCUUGUUAAGAUAAUUUUUAACUUAUUGAAGGAUAAUGUAUAUAAAUAGAGGAAUAUAAUAAUAUUGAUUUAAAUUGCAAAUCCAGUAAUUAAAACUGUUAUAAAUGUAAUUCCUAUUAUGAAUGUACUGAAUGUAUAGAUCAAUAUUAUUUAUAUAAUACUUAAUGUUUUAAAUGUUAAAUUCCAUGUUUAUAAUGUUCGGAUAUUCAUACUUGUAUAUCAUGUGUUGAUAAUUAUACAAUAGAUAAUUAAGGAAAAUGUAUUGAAUGUAUAUAGAAUUGUCAAUAUUGUAUUGAUUCUAUUAAUUGUAUUAAGUGUUUUGAUGAAUUCUAUUAUGUUAAUUAAUUAUGUAUCCCAUGUUCUAAUUUAUGUUUAACAUGUGAAAAUAAUAGUAAAUUUUGUACAUCCUGUAAAGAUUCUAAUUAUGUAUUAAAUAAAUAAACACGUACUUGUUAUUAUAUUAACAAUUUUGGAGAUUAAUAUAAUGAUGAUACUUUAGAGUAAAUAUUAAUACUUUAAGAUAUUAGAUGCAAUGAAAAUUAACUUUUAAUAAAUUACUAAUGUAUUAAUUAAUGUGGAAAUGGAAUUCUUAAUGAAUAAUAUGAAUAAUGUGAUGAUGGAAAUUAAAUUGGAGGAGAUGGAUGUUCAUCUCUUUGUCUAUAAGAAGAUUUCUAUUAUUGCAAAAAUUAAGUAAACUCUCUUAGUAUUUGUUCAUUUAUUCAAUCUCCAGAUUUCAAAUUAAAUGUUCUCUCCAAUAAAUAAAAUCAAACUUAAGUUAUUGAAUUAAGUUUCACAUAAAGAGUUAAAAUACUAACUGAUUUAAAUUUUGAAGAAAUUGUAAUAAUAUCUUUUCUACCAUAAACUAAUGUUAAUAUCAAUAUAGUAAUUAUAACAAGUCUAUCAAUUGAAUUUGAUUAUCCAAUUUAUAAGAUUUUUGUUGAGUUUAUAAGCCCUAUUGAAGAUGCUUUUCUAAAAAUAAAUUUUGCUAAAUCAAUUAUCAAAAAUGAAUAUGAUUUAGAUUUAAUAAGAUAUUAGAUGUAAAUGA